AUGAAUUCGAGGUAUCCUUAUUAUCCCGACUUGGGCGGUAGCCAAGUGGCCAACUAUGGCGACACUGAAGAGUCUCAAGCUCCAAUUAAUACCUAUUUUGAAUAUCCACAACAGUUCUAUACUUAUGAACCACAAGAUGGUGAAGUAAACUUUGGUUCUUAUUGCCAUAAAAAUACGUUUUCUAACCAGCCUACUGAGCAGACGAGUGGCAAGGGAACUGCUUUGAUGUUACCUGCAGCUCGCAAGCGUUUGUAG